AUGACUGGCGUCGUCGUCCCGUCUAAGGCGGUGCUCGAGAUAUGGAAGAGGGUGCGAGACGACGCCGUGGAUACGGAACACGGCAAGUCGCACACAGUGUCAGCGACCUGCAUCGCAUACUCCGCGCUUCUGCAGGAACAAGAAGGUUGCGCUGUGGCACAGCUUGUGGCGAUGAUUGGUCAUCGAGAAUGCGCCGACGAGUCGGGAGUGAACACCAAGUUGAUCGUCUGCCUCGUCCUGCCGGCCCCAUUCAAAAAUAGCAGCCCGCCUGCCUCGGUACUAGAGACACAAUACGGCGCAGGCUCGAGAGCUCAAUCUCAGAUCUGCCUUGGGGCGCUGCACAAGCUAUAUUCUCGAGCGAGUAGCGAGCCCGCCGGCGUCAUCGAGAAGAAAAAUGCGCGUGUGCGUACCAGACCGCCUUUCGUGCGCGAAGUCCGCUUGACAGCCAACUAUCUUUUAGUGCUGUUGAUCCCGGGCCAGUUAUGGGGUCCCCCAGGCCUGUCAAAGAUCGGUCAACACAUGUCAACGGCGCAGAUCUGUCUACGACCGGCGAGAAGGCAGACGAUGCGGCCGAACAAAGGAGACCGGUGUGGUCUGUUCCACGACGGCAACUGGCGUACACAGUGGCGUGACCGGAAUCCGUUAUCUGAAGUACCGUGCAAUACACUAACUCCUAAUCUCGAGGUUGACAUCUGGGAGAAGACACUUCACGAUGACUGCAUGCGGCUCAAAAGCUCUGGCAGGGCUCACCGGCAAGACGUGUAG